AAUGUAAUCAGCUGUUUACUGAUUCACUCAUCAGUCCACUAAUUUUAUAUCAGAAAAACGAAAAGAAACGCGUCUAUAUUCUCCUAUUUAAUUCCAAAAGCAACCAAGAUGCACGGCCGAGUAAAAGUGCGCACUACAGAGGAGGAACGGGAGCGCAAGAAAAAGGAGCAGGCCCUAAAGAUGAAAGCAUACCGGGCAGCUAUGACCAAGAUUCAAAAGAAACGGGCAGGGGGCGAACUGGAUGACGAAAUGCUGGGAUUGACAACGCAAAUUCUACUAAGAAAUCCAGAUGUCUCCACUUUGUGGAACAUACGACGUGAAUGUGUCCUCGAGAAGAUAAGAAAAAUUACAGAAGAGGAGGAAAAGCAACAAGAAAACAGUGUAAAGCCGGAGGAUGAACCAAAAAAAGAUGAGGCGGAGGAAGAACCCAAAGAGGUGGUAGACUCACCACAAAAGCUGCCAGUGGAGGAUCAACUACAGUCCAUUUUGAACCAUGAAUUGCAGUUAACUGAGCAAUGUCUAAUGGUUAAUCCCAAGUCCUAUAAUGCUUGGCAUCAUCGCUGCUGGUCCUUGGAGCAAAACCCCUUGGCAGAUUGGCAACGUGAGUUGCAGCUUUGCAAUAAGUAUCUUAAAUACGAUGAGCGCAAUUUCCAUACCUGGGACUAUCGCCGUUAUGUAACCGGCAAGGCGCAGGUUCCCAACAAACAGGAAUUGGACUUUUGCACCGAGAAGAUCAAGGUGAACUUCAGCAAUUACUCGUCAUGGCAUCAUAGAAGUUUGCUGCUACCGCAACUUUAUCCCAAUGAGCAGCAAGAUCGGCCCAUGAGCGAGGAGAAGCUACGUGAGGAACUGGAAAUGGUCCUAACGGCUGCCUUUACCGAUCCCAAUGACAGUAGCGCCUGGUUCUAUCAACGUUGGUUGCUGGGCCAAGGUUUUCAUGGUGAUAAAGAUGCAUUUACAGUGGUUGCCUUUCGUCUAGAUCCACAUGGCAAGGCUGUGAUAGGUCUUGACAAACCAUUUCCAGCAUUCAAUGCUAAAGUGCAAUUAGUCGGAAAAGAUUCCUCGGUAGAUAUCUCCAGCUGGCUGCCUGUUAAUAGGGACAAAAGCAUUUGGAAGUCUACAGAAACCAUAACCAUCGAAGCCCAAGAAUCGUAUGAAUUGAAAUUGCCCAAUCAGCAAAUUAAGCUCAGUGCUUUACCCCUUAAUAGAGGUUACUUUUACUUUAAGCCGCCUAAUAGUUUAUCUUCGUCAUGCAGUCAAGAUCUGAAGGCAGAACUUGAGACUCAAUUGCAAUCCUGUCUUGAUCUACUGGACUACGAACCCGACAGUAAAUGGACUCUACUCACCAGUUCCUUGUUAAUGCGUGCAAUAGACCCAUCAUCUCAUCAUGCAAAGAGUCUAGAACAUUUGCAGAAAUUGCAAAAAGUCGAUCCAUUGCGAAAGGGCUACUAUAAAGAUUUGGCUGCACGCUGGACUCUAGAGUACGAGCUUAACAAAUGGCCGCAAUCUGAAAAGUUUCCAUUGCAAUUUGAAUUGGACAAACAGUCGGAAGCAUUAACUUCUCUGCCUUAUGGACAAUAUUUGAUUAUAGCCGAUGAAUUGGGAUUGCCUGAAAAACUUAGGAACUUAGCCCAAACUUUUAACGAACUGAAACUAUGAAUUUUGGGUAAAUUUAUAAUUAUUGAAACAUUCUAAAUAGAUUAAAUAUUCCUAUUUAUAGCCACACUUAUGGUUUUGUAAAUAUACACAUAUAUUGGAUAACAGUGCUUAGAUAUUUUAUAUUAACCAAUAAAACUAUUGUACAAGGAAAAAAUGUAAAAA